AUGGCCACCGAUCUAGCAUCCUAUCUCCCACCCUUCGAAGGGCUGCUGCCAAAAUGGCUUCUCCUAGUCUCCAUGAUCUCAAUCGCCAACUCCAUCCAAGCCUACACAACUCUGCACUACACAGCACGCGUGUACAACCCCAACCCGGACACCUCGCAACCACCAUCCAACAUCCGCUCCUCCUCGCCCUCCGCUAAACCGCCCUCCGCUAAACCGCCCUCCGCCGACUCAUCAACCUCCAAAACCCCUCCUGCAGACGCAAUCACCGCCCCCGAGAUCCCCUCCCAAGUAACCCCGCUCAGCGCCCGCAAAUUCGGCACCUGGACGUUCCUCACCGCCAUCGUGCGCCUCUACGCCGCCUACCACAUCACUGACAAAGCGGUGUAUGAGCUGGGCAUGUGGACAUACGGCAUCGCGUGGGCGCACUUCAUGAGCGAGUGGUGGGUGUUUGGCACGACGCGGUGGGGGGCGCCGCUCGCGGGACCCGUUUUCGUGAGUACGGGGAGCUUAGUGUGGAUGUGGGUGCAGAGGGAGUUUUAUCUUGGGCAGUAGGACUGGGAUAAGCGAGGAGGCCUGUGUAAAUACCCGUUAGAGAGAAAGGGGCUUUUGUCUGUAUGGACUUCUACUAGGAGAGGAAUGAAAUGAGGACUAUCUAGUCGCUGUUUAGAGGCCGGAUUGUAAUCGUAAUGCGUAUUAGCAAGGCAUCACAAUGAAUGUCAAUGC